AUGCAGAUUCUGGGUUGUGUUUGUUUGUUGGUUGUAAUUUGCUCUGUUCUUGGAUUGUACAAGGGAAUUUUGCAGGCUUUUUUGGGAUUGUUUUUGAUGGAUUGUGUAUCAUGCUUGAAGGUUUUGUAUCAGCAUAGUGGAUUCAAAGGUGGGUUUUUGGUGUUUAGGUAUGUCUCACCGGUUUUCAAGCUUUUGUGGCUGUUUUUGAUGUUUUGUUUAGGGUUGAGGUUUUUACAGUUUACUUGGCAUGGAAAGGGUUUGAUUCAGUUUCUAUGUGGUUUUCGGGCGAAAUCAAGUGAUCCUAAAAAUGGAUUUGGUUCAAAAUUGGAUUUUGGUAGACUAUGUGAUUCAAAGAUUCUGUCUUGCACUGAUAGUUCACUGGAUUUGUUGGGGAAUUCAAAAGCAAAAAAUGAGGACAAUUCAUUAGUGAGAAAGAAAGUUGCCAAUGAUGGUGUUCUUGAUGAUGAUUGUGAAAGAGAACGUAGUGUCGAAGAUGAAGAAUAUGAUGUGAUAGCACUGCGGAGAUUGGUCAAGAUUGAGAGGCUGAGAGCAGAUAUGGCUUAUGCAGAACUCGAGAAAGAGAGAAUGGCUACUGCAUCAGCAGCUGAUGAGGCUAUGGCAAUGAUUUUAAGGCUUCAAAAUGAAAAGAGUUCAGCGGAGAUCGAAGCCAAACAGUAUCGUCAAUUGGCAGAACAGAAGCAAGAAUUUCAGCAAGAAGUGAUGGAAUCAUUGCAAUGGGACAUAAUUAAACUCGAGUCUGAAAGAAGUGAAUUGGAGGAGAAUUUGAGACUGUUGAGAGAAAAGUUGAGGCAGUAUGUGAAAAGUGAUGAAGUGGAUCAAUUUGAAGGGUUCGGUGCAAGUACGAUCUCUCUUUGUUCCACCAUGGAUGAUGGUAUCAAAAACGUGCCAAAUAUCUCCCUUGAUUACACGGACACUUCAGUUCUGUGA